CUUGAAGUCACCAAAAUGCGCCAUCUUUCUACAUGGCUUCUUCUGCUGUCCAGCUGUGUGUCGCUCAGUAUAGAGAAGUGCCCAGAUUAUGAAAUGGAUACUGAUGGUUAUAACUACGUCGAGUUGCACAAUGACAUUCGACAAGGCGUAGCUAAACGCUCAUUUCCAUACCCUCAGAAAGACGGUGUCGAAAUCGAAUACAGCAAAAAAGGAACAAAGAGUCUGUUUAGAUUGACAUACUCGAGUGUCCUGGAAGGAAUUGCAAUGGCAGUUAUUGAUGAGGAAAAAUGCAAGCUUAAGAACCAGGAGGUACAGGAUGCCUAUAACAAACCCAUCAAUUUUGCAAGGCAACGAGUCAACAAUAAUCAGAACAAAAAACAAGUAGCACAAGCAUACCAGUGGGCAAUCGAGGAUUGGCGUGACACAGCUACUUUACCUCUCACCGAUGCUAUUUACAACGACGAUGGAAUGAAACCAUUUGCAAAUAUGAUCUAUUACAAGUCGCUACAAGUGGGAUGCAGUCAUUCUCCAUGCGUAGGCAGCACUGACAAAGUUGCUAUUGCAUGCGUUUAUAGCGAGUUUCCAAAAGUUGGAGAGCCGCUCUAUCUCGAAAACAGUACGAAAACUGGCUGCACCAAAAAGUGGUGCAAAGAGAUAGUAUCGGAUGCUGACUGUUUAAAAUAUGACUCUACAAAAGAUGAUGCCAGUCAGGAAGACACUGCAGGUCUUUGCUGUACAGCAGCAGAAAAAAUAGAUGAAACUACUACCAUGAAGGUCACUACCACGGCAGCUCAAACAUCAACGCAGGCUGACACAACGACGUCAGCUGCAGAGACAACAACGCCAGCUGCAGAGACAACAACGCCAGCUGCAGAGACAACAACGCCAGCUGCAGAGACAACAACGCCAGCUGCAGAGACGACAACGCCAGCUGCAGAGACAACAACACCAGCUCAAACAUCGUCGACAGCUCAACCAACCACAACCCAGGGUUCGAGUGGAUGUAUGACGGAAGACAUUAGAACUCAAGUAAUUACUUCGUUCAAUGAGAAGCGAUCUUCGCUAGCAAAAGGAGAGGUGCAGAAUGGACCCGCAUCAGCAGGAAAGGGAAAGCUAUCGCCAGCUCAGAAUAUGUAUGAAAUGAGUUAUGACACUGAACUAGAGAAUGAAGCACAAACGUGGGUUAGCACAUGCCCACCAAGCCCAGGAAAAUCAGAACUUAGUACUCGUGUGGGGCACGGUGAAACCACUACGAUCAUUGGAGAUAAAACUACAUCUUGUGCAGAUUCAAUCAAACAAGCUUUGGAAGCGUGGUGGAAUGAAAUUGAAAAGAAAGCUCUGAACUCCGCAGUCAAAUACACGCAAGUCCUGGAACAAAGCGCAAAUGCUCCCACAAAUUUCACCCAGAUGGCUUGGGCUGCUUCUUAUAAGGUUGGUUGUGCUGUUGGUAAUUGUGAAUAUGGCAAUUUAGUCGUUUGCCGCUACUAUGUCAGGGGGAACAUCUACUCGGAAUACAUCUACCGUAUCGGAACAACUUGUGGUGCUUGUUCCAGCAAAUGCACCAAUGGUCUCUGCAAGGCUCCUAGUUAAAUACAAAGUGGAAUGGCCUUAUAAACUGAACGGCCGUAAUUUUGAAUAAAGCAUUGCAUGAUUGCUAUUUAGUGGUUGC